AGAUCGGUAAGGAAUUACAGAAAUGGCACUCCCUCAACUGGUACCAUCCUCUUCUUCAGCUCUCCCUUACAAACCCUACUUACACCCUCUUACUUCCUCCUUAAACCCUGACACCUCCAAGAAUCCUAAUCGUUUCUCAUCCCCGCCCUACAAAACCCUAGCUUCUCAUUCUUCUCAUUCUUCUCAUACUCAUCGUCGCCGGAGACCUUGUCUUGUCCGCUGCUCCGCCUCUUCUUCCUCCGAGAAAAACCACACCGGAUCCCCCCAAUCCGACGACCUUGUGGAACUUCCUCUCUUCCCUCUUCCUCUCGUCCUCUUCCCCGGUGCCAUCCUCCCUUUACAGAUCUUCGAGUUUCGCUUCCGUAUAAUGAUGCACACCCUCCUCCAGACUGAUCUCCGAUUUGGCGUCAUCUAUUCCGACACCACUACGGGCACCGCCGAUGUUGGCUGCGUGGGAGAGGUCGUCAAGCAUGAGCGCCUCGUCGACGACCGAUUCUUCCUCAUCUGCAAGGGCCAGGAUCGCUUCCGCGUCUCCAGUAUCGUCCGUACCAAGCCUUACUUGGUAGCCAAGGUUUCCUGGAUGGAGGAUCGCCCAUCGGCGACGGACGGUGAUGACAAUCUGGAUGGGUUGGCCAAUGAGGUGGAGACUUAUAUGAAGGAUGUAAUCCGCUUGUCCAACCGAUUAAAUGGAAAGGAAAAGGAAGCCCAGGAUUUGAGAAGGAAUUUGUUUCCGACACCGUUUUCCUUCUUCGUCGGAAGUACUUUUGAAGGGGCUCCCAGAGAACAACAAGCUCUAUUGGAAUUGGAGGACACGGCGGUGAGGUUGAAGAGAGAGAAGGAUACGUUGAGAAAUACCCUUAAUUAUUUGACUGCAGCUUCUGCCGUCAAAGAUGUCUUCCCUUCCUCGUCUGUGUGAGUAAACCGAGUAAAAGGUAAAUUAAAAUUGAAUCUUGUUUCUAAU